CAUCUUGUUAUUUUCCAUCAUGUUACUAUUAAAAGUAGUAAUUCUCCUUUGGAGUUUUGUUGACUCACAAAGCAUAAGUACCCGACGAGCUAAUGAAUUAAGGAAAAAGUUACAACAUUUGUACGAGUCAACACAAAACGUAAUGUUGGAAGGUACCGACGUACUGAAUCCCUUAUUAGACGACGUUCAUACUUAUACUGUCGAAAAAGGCGUAGAAGGUCGGGAAUUUAUCGAAAUACUCUACAAACAGACUAUCACGCAGGUCAAUACUUUUGAAAAUCAAUCGAAGGGCAAAGGAAUUGAUAUUGCAAAAUGCUGUCAGGCAGUGAGGAAACUUCUUAAAAUGGAAAUGAAGCAUUCAACGGCUCUUGUUGAUCAAUGCAUUUCCCAAAGUCGUCGUACCAGCAUCAACAAUUCACCUAAACUGAACGAAAUUUCCAAACAUCAAUUUUUCAUCAUACGCGAUGACUAUAAUAAACAUAUGACAACAUGCAUUAAAGAUAAUGAUGAGAAGUGUUUGAAUAAUAUUUUCGAAGGUAUUAACAAUGAUAUUCAGCAGUACCGUAGUGAAUUAACGAGACUCUUUAAUGUGGCAAUAAAAUCAAUUACAAAUCAAAAAGAUCAAUUCACAACCUGCAUCGAAGAUAUGAAAAACAAUACUGAUAGCAGAUCACAACAAAUCUUUAAUAGAGUGAUGUCUUGCUAG